AUGGCGACAAUCAGAGUGCAUCGACUACCCUGUAACCCUUCGUUCUUGCAGUGGGAACGUCCAUCGUGCCUGUCGAAUGAUAAGAGGACGGAGUCGGUAAACCAAUUCUGGGAAUUUCAAGACAUAACGAGAAUGACGGAAGAGAAAUCGAGUGCUGAAGUUCGAAUGUUGCAGCCACAGUUAACAGAUCAAGUUCAACAAUAUGCUAGAUCAACCACUACCAAGAUCUCGGAGAAAUUCCUUGAUGAAAAAGAAAAAUCAUCCGAAGAUGAAUCUGAGGAUUAUGGUGUCCAUGUUGAUAGUGGAGAAUUCCCCAAUUCUAGCCUAAUAGGUAGAAAUG